AUGGAAAAUUAUGCAAAUAUGGUUGAGUUUGACAACGAUAUGUUUAUUGAUGAUAGAGAAGAAAGUGAAGAAACUGAUGUCGAUUAUAUAUCUGAUACUGAAAAUUUGGACGAUCUUUUGCAAUAUAAUGAUAGGGAUUUAGAAAUUGAAAAAAUGUUUAAUUUCAAUACUUUUUUAGAAGAAAAAACAAAUAAAACAACCAAUAGUAAUGUAGAAUUAGAGGAAGAUAAAUUGGAUUAUGAUAUCAUGAAUUGA